CGCGGGGUAGUCAGUGAAUCAGUCUGUGAAGGACCGUGAUAGAGGCGGGAUGUCGACGGAGAAAUUGAGAGUCACCGUUACUGAUAAUGACUACGAUGGCGAUGAGCUCGUCGGGAACACCAUGCUGUCGAAAUGGGACAUCGUCAGCGUUACGAUAUAUUUCAUCCUCGUGAUGGCUGCGGGGUUUUAUUCGAUGUGUCGGCCGAACCGGGGUACUGUUGCCGGUUACUUCCUGGCUGGCCGGUUCAUGUGGUGGCUCCCGGUCGGCGCCUCGCUCUUUGCCAGUAACAUCGGGUCGGAGCAUUUCAUCGGACUGGCUGGGUCAGGGGCAGCGGCCGGCAUCGGCGUAGGGGCCUUUGAGUUCAAUGCGUUGGUACUACUACAGCUCUUAGGAUGGGUCUUCCUGCCUGUGUUCAUUGCCAGUGGGGUGAACACACUCCCAGAGUAUACACAAAAGAGGUUUGGGGGUCGACGCAUCCAAGUCUACCUAGCUGUUCUCUCCCUUGUCCUCUACAUAUUUACUAAGAUAUCUGUAAACAUGUAUUCAGGAGCCAUCUUCAUCCAGCAAACUCUCCGCGUAAAUAAUCUUUACGUGUGUCUGAUUUUCCUGCUGCUCCUGACCGCGGUUUGCACUCUGGUGGGAGGACUGGCCGCCGUCAUCUACACCGACACGCUGCAGUUUUUCAUCAUGAUUGGCGGAUCAGUGUUCCUGAUUGUGAAAGGCUUCAUGGCCGUUGGCGGGUACGCGGCCCUGCAGACGAAGUAUCUUGAGGCCAUCCCGGAGAAGCUGUUGCCCAACUCGACCUGCGGGCUGCCUCGCACGGACUCCUGGAAGAUGCUGAGGGAGGCGGACCCGACGGUGAGCGACAUGCCCUGGCCGGCCUUCCUCCUGGGCCAGACGCCCGCCUCCAUCUGGUACUGGUGCACUGACCAGAUGAUGGUUCAGCGAGCUAUGGCAGCCAAGAGUUUGUCCCAUGCGCAAGGUGGUACACUCUUUGCAGGCUAUAUGAAGAUCCUUCCAGUAUUUAUCAUAGUAAUUCCAGGGAUGAUCUCUCGCGUCCUGUUUCCCAACGAAGUCGGCUGCGUCGUUCCCGAGGAGUGCCUCAAGUUCUGCGGAUCGGCUACCUCGUGCUCGAACUCGGCGUACCCGAAGCUGGUGCUGGAGUUUCUCCCUGGGGGCAUGAGGGGCAUCAUGGUCUCGGUCAUGCUCUCGGCUCUCAUGAGUAACCUGACGUCGAUCUUCAAUUCGGCUUCGACGCUUUUCACGAUGGAUCUGUGGACGCUGUGUCGACCCAAGGCCAAGGCGAGGGAGCAGCUGCUUGUCGGGAGGUUGUUUAUCGUCGUGUUGGUCGUCAUCUCAAUCCUGUGGAUGCCAAUCAUCGAGAGGUCACAAGGUGGACAGCUGUUUGUGUACAUACAAGUCAUUGCGUCGUACCUGGCACCUCCUAUUGCAGCCAUCUACUGCAUGGCUGUAAUAUGGAAGAGGCUGAAUGAGCCAGGCGCGUUCUGGGGUCUUAUGAUUGGCUUCGUGGUGGGCAUGGUUCGAAUGGGUUUGGAUUUCUACUACACUGAGCCUCCCUGUGGUGAAGAGGACCAGAGGCCAAAUAUCAUUAGAAAGAUCCACUACAUGUACUUUGCCACACUGAUGUUUUGGGGAACAUGUUUCGUGUCUGUGAUCGUGACGUUCAUCACGGAGCCUCCAGAGGAAUGGCGGCUGAUCAGGACGACCUACUUCACGAGGUUCGACCACAGAGACCGUGAGGAUGACAUGGAGAUGAAACAAAGAGUCAACAACGAGCUAUUGGAGGUGGCCCACACCAUAGAAGAAGCAAGUGUUGACGGAGAUCACCCUCAGCCAUGGUACAAGAAAGCGUACUACUGUAUUUGCGGCUUUGACGUUUCAAAAGACGCUGAGGAACAAGCAGUUGCCAUGAACGAGCAUUUAGCAGAACUGACGAACCUUCACCAGGAAACGUGGGAGAAACGUUUACUGAACAGUAUGCUGGUUUCCAUACUCAUAAUCGCUGCAGCUUGCUUUGUUUACUUUUCCAUCAAUCCCUUCACAGAGGAGGAAGUUCAUGACAUCCAACAGAAGAAGUUAGAGGAACUCGGCUACUAUGAUGUUCUUUAACACUUGAGUAAAGCAAAACAGAGUGUAUAGGUUCAAUCCACGGUGAAAAACGUGUGGAAAAUGCAGUUAUGAAGGCUGUGUAUUUAAAUUUCUGCUGUAGAUUUGAGUUAGAUUUGCUUUAUUCUAGGUGCAUUUUUUUUAGUAAGAGUUCUGAUUUUUAUAGGAAACUUAUGUAAGAUGCAGUUACGGAGACUGUAUAUUAAGAUAUAUGCAAAUUUUCAGCUAUAAGUGUUUUAUUCCAGAUGCAUUUAUUAAAAUUUUGUCACGAUAAUUAGUAUAAGCUCAGACAUUUUUGGUAAACUCCAGUCCAUGUAAACUUGGGUUUUAUGAAAUGCCCUAAAUAUGCUUAUCCUGAUUAAAAUUAUUUCCUGAAUUACCUGUAGAUUAAUAAGUUGUGCAAUUGGGCCUUAUAUAAGGAAAUAAUAUUAUUUAGUUGAUAGCAUUUUCAUUUAUUUACUUGUGUUCAGUGUUUCUUAAGUGAAAAGUGGAAUCACGUUUUCACAGUAUUGGAAUGUUCAAAAUAUGGUUCACAGGGAAAAACUUCCAUGAUUGUUAAAAUGUAUGUACAACAGUGUGGUUGAACUGCUGCUUGGUAAAGGUAUUUAGUUAAUUUUUUUAGUUAAGUUUGCGUGUUUUAUGAAAAAAAUACGUAUCUAAAAGAUGGAGAUCAUUGAUCUUUGUUGGUUGUUACUGUAUUUUGUGAAAUAAAUCGUGCAAAGCAAAA